CUCAAAUAUUUUUCCCAUUAACCAAACAGAAAAAAUCUCUCUGGGGGACUUCAUUGCUGGUUUCUGCGACAGCCCAUGGAUCCAGGAGUGGGUCAAGAUAUUCAGCUUGAGGAAGAUGAUAAUGGCAUUCAUGAUAAGGAGUUUAAUGAUACAUCUGGUAAAGUGACAAAGCUAGAUAAUGUGGAUUCCAAACAAACUUUUGACAUUCAGCUUGAGGAAAAUGGUAAUGAUGCUCAUGAUGAGGAGUUCAAUAAUUCAACUGAUAAUGAGCUUCAGCGAAGUAAUGAUAGCUCAGUGAGCGGAAGUUCAGCUGAAAUCGUCUCUCAGCAUGAAAAUUUUGAGAAAAUGACUCCAAGUUCUUCUGGAGUGCAGUUAGCUGCAGUUAAUGGUGACGAACCAUUCGUGGGUCAGGAAUUUGAAUCAGAAGCUGCUGCCCAUGCAUUCUAUAGUGCGUAUGGAAUGCGUUUGGGUUUCAUUACCCGCAUACACUAUAAUACUCGUUCUAAACGUGAUGGGUCUGUUAUUUCUCGAGCCAUUGUAUGUAAUAAAGAGGGUUACAGAAAACCUUCUAGGCAUGAAGUGAAGAAUAUAAGGGCACGGGCUCCCACUAGGGUCGGUUGCAAAGCAAUGCUUUCAGUAAGGAAAGUGCGCUCUGGAAACUGGGUUGUUACAAAGUUUGUGAAGGAACACACUCAUUUACUAGCCGGCGGCCAGGCUCAGAAGACACUGCUUUGUAAUCAAAUAGCAGUCGAAGACAUGAGAAUUCAUAAGCUAACUCAAGAGCUGUUGGUCGAGAAAAAGCGAUCUACAUCACUUAAAAGAUGCAUUGACCUUCUAUUCAAUCACAUUGAGGAGCACACUCAGGGCCUCUCUAAAAAGAUUCAGUACAUAGUAGACAGUGUAAAUAUGAUCGAAUCUGAAGGGAAAGCGUAACAGAUUGCCUGAUAGUCUCACCACUGAGCCAGCCCUUCAGCGAGGUGUUUGUAUAUUUGAUACAUUGGACGAAGCAAUAGUCUGAUGAUACCAGUUGCUGCAUCUUUAUGAUUCAGAUUAGAUAAUUGUUGGGUAUGGUAUGCUUCACUGAACUUCUGUGGCUACCAGUUAUGGUAUACCACAUCAGCGUUUCAAGUGGUAAUGCAGGUGUAGUACAGAGAAAACCGGAGGCAUAGGCUAAAUGUGUAAUAUAAUGAUAUCGGUAGUUGUGUAGGAGGUCAUGACUUCUCAUGAAUAGGUUACAUAUUUGUCUUCCCCUGGCAUGAAAUUCACAGAAUUGGUAAAUGUUAAAGCUAUUCAAAUCAAAAGGAAGCUAUUUUGAAUGAAAUUUAGG